GAAUUAACCUCGGACGAACUUAAACGCUUGUCUGCACGCAGCACCACAAGGUGAGAGAUUGCACACAGUGGUGACUAUGUGUUGUUGCUGGUCUUUACAGGGUGUUAACGGCACACAGCCCUGCGAUGCGCAAGCACUUCCAGAUGAUUGUGUGAUGAGCCGCGGAAGCGCCAUGCUGGAGGGAUUCUUUUUCAAGGCCUGGAUCUUUGGUGCCGCUUUUUACUGGGCCACCUGGCUCUUCCUGGGGAGCAUGGUGGUCUCCUUCCUUGUGCUGAUGGUGCGUGGGCGGCAGUCAUCGGUGGAGGUCGACACCGAUGAAUUUGAGGACGACGAUGAAGAGCCCCUCGUUCGCGCCUGAACGAUACGACGUGCCAUUAGUCAAGGCCACUUGGCGUGCUAUCACCACGUUCUGAGUCCACCCCUGUGAGAGAUCAGUCCCUUUUCGGUGUUUGCUGUUUUCCUGUGCUCCAUCAUCUCUCAAUAACAGGCAUUCUUUACUAGUUUUGGCUAAUGAACACACAGCCAAAUAUGUGUAUAUAAUUGCAGUCAGGUAUAUUGCUUAAGGCCAACUACAACAGAGUGUCACUUUAGCUAAAUCGGUUAUAAAUGAGUAUUGUGUACUAUUGAAGCAUUCUUGGUUAAGCUGCAGGGGCUGGCAGUUGUCUAGCUUUCUUAUUAGCAGGCUUUUGAAUAGCGCAUAAGAAUGUAUGUGGAGGUUAGCAAAUGGGAAGUAAAUGCCAGUACGUCGCCUUGCCCGAGAUUUUUUCAGCACGAUGCAGGCAGCCACAAGUGCUGCCUAAUCUCACAGGUCGUGCCGAGGGACUGCGCUGGUUUUCAACGUUCUAGGUAAUGCGUCACUUCUGGCAAGUGGUAAUGGCAGUGUUUUAAAAAAAUUUCUUUCAGUUUUGGUGCCAAAAAUGUAUUUUUCUUUUGUAGCUUUUUCUGAUCAUCCAUUCGUACUCGUAACGUAAAAUUUUGUAUGGCGACUGCUCCAUACCUGCACUAUCUCAAACUAAGCUUAUUGUGCGGUCCAAAGUUUUGCUGCAGUUGGCAUUAACAUAUUCUUUUAUGGGCUCAGAAAAGAGCCCACAAUGUGUGAGCCAGGCACAUGCAGGCAAACGGUCUUUAGGAGUAUGAAAAUGUUUUAGAAAAGGCCUGGUACUUGAACUUUGUGACCCUGUCUAUAGCACAGUGGUCUCUAGUCUCACUGGCACUACAAUUGUGCAGUGAGCAAUUGCAUGCUAAGGUUGAGAAGAACCUCAUGCUGUUGCAUUGCUAAAAGCCAACUUGCGGUUUCCCACUGCUACUAAUAGUUGACAUGACCGGGAGUGUAGUGUCGUUUAUAUUCUCCUAUUAAAGCAUUGGAAUGAGUGUGUGUGUGUGUGUAUUUCAUGAGAUAAAUUUGUGUGCAAACGAGAUAGUAUUUAUAGUUUGCAGGCAGCAUCGCACAGAAGAGUGGGAAGUACUACAGCCCAUAUCUUACACUUGUGUAUUGCUGAAAAAAAACCUUUAUAGAAAUGUUUUUUUUUCUUGGUUUCUUGCAGUUUUAUUAAGUAUGCUAAAGGUUAUUGUAAGUUACUUGUACACAUUGUGAUUGAGAACCACUGUUAUUUUAUUCGAAAUAAGGUUUAUUCUAAUAGCACAGAGGGGUCAGUUUAUGUGUGAGAGCAAGACAAUGUAUGCAGCUGACUGCCACGGUGCUUGUGAAAACGUUCCAGCAUCUUUACGAUAGCAAGCUUUUGUUGUGAAGUUCUUUUGUCAUCCGCUGAUGUCAAUUUGUUGACCAAGAAGUUCUUCAUUGGUAGUGGCACCAGGAACAAUAGAAAUAGACUGGUGCUGUGCAGUUGUGAAAAUUACUGAGCCCUGUGCUUACUUUUUAUCUUUGAUGUGCUUCUCAGUCAGUCAGGCCAGAGAUAAUCAUUCAGAACUAUGUAUCAGUUACAUUGCUUUCGCGGUUUGUGAGUAAUGGAACUGUAUAUACACAAGCUCUUCACAGAGU